GACCACAUUUUACAACCGCAUAGACCGUUGUUUAGUUAAUUUGGUUAAUUUGGUAUAAAAAUACGUCUGGUGAUUGUUUAGUUAAUACGAACGGCAAUUAUUUCUGAAUAAAUCAUAGCUCAUAUUUAUGCUACAGUAGCUAUAUCAGAACUUGCUACUGUAGCAAACUGUAGCUACAGUAAAUGUCAUUUAAAAACUGUAUCCACAUUCAUUUUGUGGACCAAUCACAUUGUGGCCUAAAAAUAGCGAGAAAUCAAAGGAGGCUUGACGCUUGUAGUAUUUGCGCAUGGCUGUAGGACCCCAAAACGUCACGCAGGCGCCAACAAGAAGUUCGCCGGGACGAGCAUUAGCUUUGUGUGCAGCGUGUAGAAUUUCUGCUGGUUUCAUGCAGGAGUUUUUUAUCUGUUGUAUGACAUGUGCUUUCAGUUGAGCUUUGCAGUUUUGCACGCGUACAAAAUUCUGUAAAAGUCUUGUCAACAAUGCCGAAAGCAAUCAAGAAGUCCACCGCGCAAACGUCCAUUAGCAGAUUCUUCAGUGGAUUUAACAAGCAUGCAAAUGACAGCGGCACUCCGGCCGGAAUUAAACCUGCAGAUCGCAGUGCUGGACACUUUGGGCUCGCAGGCAAGAAGAAACUCCCUGCGAACAAGGAAGAGUCUGACAACAAACGAGCGAAGCUGUCCCAUGAUGCCGAGGAUGAUGACACGGGCGUCCUCGUCUGCAGCAACAGAACUACAGACACAGGGCCGGCCUGCUCCAGACGAAGCCUGUCCUCCACCACUCUGCAGAGGCUGAAGGGCUUCAGCUGCCAGGGAGACUCCGGGCCCCCAGAGCCAGAGAAUGGGGCCGGGGGGGGCCACAGCGGAGACCAAGGGGCCACAACCAUGGGGGAGGAGGAAGAGGAAGAGGUCAAAGUGGAAAAAAGCCCAGAGGGCCCUUCUAAAGAACAGGCUCAGGGCUUCAGCCUGAGGCAGUUUGUGAAGCCGGGCAGUGGGGGCGCAGGCCCUGCCAAAAAGAGUCCCCAGGAAACCAGCGCCCCCAACAGGAGAACCAAGAGCAUCUACACCCCCCUGGAGCUGCAGUUCCUGGAGAUUAAGGAGAAGCACAAGGAUGCUCUGCUCUGUGUGGAGUGUGGCUACAAGUACAGGUUCUUUGGGGGAGAUGCAGAGAUCGCAGCCAGGGAGCUCAAUAUCUUCUGCCACCUGGAUCACAACUUCAUGACGGCCAGCAUCCCCACCCACCGCCUGUUCGUCCAUGUCCGCCGCCUGGUCUCCCAGGGUUACAAGGUGGGCGUGGUCAAACAGACUGAAACCACUGCACUGAAGGCUUCGGGAGCCAAUAAGAGCGCUCUGUUCACACGCCAGCUCAGCGCUCUCUACACCAAGUCCACCCUGGUGGGGGAGGAUGUGAACCCCCUGCUGACGUUGGGGGACCUGGAGGGGGCGGAGGACGUGGUGCUGGACGCCCCAAACAACUACCUGAUGUGUGUGAGCGAGAGCUGGGACGCCAAGGCCAAGGAGCUGACCGUGGGUCUGGUGGCAGUUCAGCCCAGCACGGGGGACGUGAUGCUGGACUCCUUUAAGGACGGGCCGUCCCGCUCAGAACUGGAGACCCGUGUUCUGCGUCUCCAGCCUGUGGAGAUCCUGGUGCCCUCUGACCUCUCCGAAACCACCCAGCAGCUCCUCCGGGGCAUCGCAUCGGCCAGCGUGCAGGCUGACGACCGCAUCCGCAUGGAGAGUCUGGACGGCUCGCGGUUCGAGUUCGCCACCGCGCUGCGGACCGUCACGGACUUCUACUCCGACACGUCGCGGCAGAAGGCCGGGGAGGCCGACGAAGAUUCCCACUCCCUCUCCAGUAUCAUCAGUUUGGAGACCCCAGUGAUCUGCUGCCUGGGCCCAGUGAUCCAGUACCUGACAGAGUUUAACCUGCAAAGGGUGCUAACAAGCCCCAGCUCCUUCAAACGGCUCUCCUGUGAGGCCGACUGUAUGGCUCUCAGCGCCACCACCAUGAGGAACCUGGAGAUCCUCUGCAACCAGACUGAUGGGAAGAUGAAGGGCAGCUUGCUGUGGGUGCUCGAUCACACCCAGACCCCGUUUGGCCGCAGACUGAUGAAGAAGUGGGUGUCCCAGCCCCUGAAGUCGGCCACGGAGAUCCGGGCGCGGCAGGACGCCGUCGCCGAAAUCCUGUCCUCCGAAUCUAGCGCCCUGCCCUCGGUCCGGGGGCUUCUGAGACGCCUGCCCGACCUGGAGAGGGGCAUCUGCAGCAUUUACCACAAGAAGUGUUCCACUCAGGAGUUCUACCUCAUCGCCAGCGCCCUGUCCCGCCUGGGGGCGGAGCUACAGGCCCUGGUUCCCGCCGUCCAAUCGCAGCUGAGCUCCGCCCACCUGAAAGAGCUGCUGGUGGACCUUCCCCGGCUGCUGGCCCCUGCGCAAGGCUUUCUGAGCGUGCUCAAUGAGAGAGCGGCCAAAACAGGGGACAAAACCCAGCUGUUUUCCGACCUGACGGACUUCCCGCUGAUCCGGGAGAGGAAGGAGGAGAUCCAGGCGGUCCUGUCCGACAUCCUGGAACACCGGAGGGAGGUGCGGGUGGUGCUGAGGAACCCGUCUCUGGACUACAUCACCGUUUCGGGUUUGGAGUUCCUCAUCGAGGUGAAGAACUCGUUGUCAUCCACCGUUCCCUCUGAUUGGGUAAAAGUCAGCAGUACGAAGGCAGUGGGCCGGUACCACUCCCCACUCAUCGUAGAGAGACACAGACGGCUUCUCCAGCUCAGAGAGCAGCUGGUCAUCGACUGUGGCCGGGAGUGGACCAACUUCCUGCAGCAGUUUGGAGAGCACUAUCACAUUAUGAGGAAAGCCGUCUGUCACCUAGCAACACUCGACUGCUUCUUCUCAUUGGCUGACGUGGCCAAACAAGGCAAUUACUGCAGGCCGGAGGUGCUGGAGGGGGAGAGGCGGAUCGUAAUUCGGGAGGGGAGACACCCCGUCAUCGACGUGCUGAUGGGAGAACAGGACCAGUACGUUCCCAACGACACCGACCUGGAGGGAGACGGCAGGAGGACCAUGAUCAUCACAGGGCCCAACAUGGGCGGAAAGAGCUCCUACAUCCGCCAGGUGGCGCUGGUGUGUGUAAUGGCGCAGGUGGGCUCCUUUGUCCCGGCGGGAGAGGCCAGACUGGGGGUUGUGGACGCCAUCUUCACCAGGAUGGGCGCCUCCGACAACCUGUCACGGGGCAGGAGCACGUUCAUGGAGGAGCUUCUGGAGGCGUCGGAGAUCGUGUCCCGGGCCACGCCGCGCUCUCUGGUCAUCCUGGACGAGUUGGGGAGGGGCACCAGCACCCACGACGGCAUCGCCAUCGCCUACGCCACCCUGGAGUUCUUCAUCCGAGACGUGCAGGCCCUGACCCUGUUUGUCACACACUACCCUCCUCUGUGUGAGCUGGAGAGAGUCUUCCCUCGACACGUCGGCAACUACCACAUGGCCUUCCUGCUGAACGACGACACGGACGCACACGCCGACGACGAGGAGGUCCGGCCUGAGUUCAUCACCUUCCUGUACCAGCUGACGGAAGGGGCGGCGGCCCGCAGUUACGGCCUGAACGUGGCGCGGUUGGCCGACGUCCCAGAAUGCAUCAUCAGAACCGCCGCCCUGAAGUCUAAAGAGCUGGAGGCCGCGGUCAACGCCCGCAGGAAAAGGAAGAAGAGUUUUUUGGGGGCCUGGAAUAUUGAAGACCAAGAGGCUUUGCUGACCUGGAUGCAGUCAAAUUCCUGAAAAAGGGGUUAAGCAUCAUGGAUGGAGUUGUUACAUGCAUACAUCUCUGGUUGUGUGUGUGUGUGUGUGUGUAUGUAAAUGCAUGUGCGUUGGCGUGUGUGAACACGCAGGACAAAAGCAUGUAUGAUUCGUAUUUUCGAGUGAAGUUCAUGUUCAGAUGAAAUCAAAACACCGUGACUGUGAAAAGUGAGCUUAAUCACGUCUUCAUUAAAUACUGUUUGCAUUUUUGAUGGAUUAAACCAUUCGGACUGUAUCCAAUAUCCCCAAACUGGCUCUCAACCUACAUGCACUUUGGAGCGUGGAUGGUAAACACAGCUGCUUUUAUACAUUUCUAUAAACAGGACAGGGGAAACCCCCUUGAUUAAAAUGGAGGCGUUAGCACUUGGCUCUGAGUUUGAGUUCUUUUUCCUCAGUUAAUGACCUCACUCACACAAUCAAUUACCUGGGUCAGCAGUUUGAACAACCCGCAGUGUUCAGUCUUUUGGUGUGUCCUUUCAAGAGUACACUGGCAGGAAGUUCAAAAUGUUGUCUUCUACACUCAGUGUGUUGACAGAAUGGUUGUAGGCCUAUAGAUAUUGACACUUGUGUCAUUGUAUACUUCAGCGCAUUAUUAAUGAAUGCCAUCGACAGUGUGCUUGUUGUGCCAUUUGGGUAUUUGGUUGUUCAAUACACAAUAAAAAUGUCCUAUGGCUUUUCAAA